GCCUACCUCUUAUUUCUUAAAUAGGAAGAAACAAGCUUCAACACAAAGCCCUCUUGUUGUUAGUACGUCUCUAAAAUAAGAGGGUUUAAAUUAAUUAUGCCUACUGCAAUUUGCCUACUUUCAGCACCGUGAGUUGUCCAUUUCCGAUUGAUUGUGCCCAGUUGCUGCUUCAAGUUUCAGCACCACAAUGUAAAUUACUCGAAUCUGGCUUAUUGUGAGGUCAAUAACUCUGAUAAAUAGGCCUACAUCAUGAGCAAGAAACAUAUUCCUCAUCUUCACACUCUCCUUCUCAAAUUGAGCAGAACAUAGGUUAUAGGCUAGUCCAAAAUAAAUGUUUUGGACAAGGCCUAAUUAAAAACAAUUUUUGGAAGAAGCCUUUGACUCCUCUUGAACUGCCACUGUAGGCCUACACAGCACAGCCAUUGGUUAGGCAGUGCACACACAAAAAAAUUGAUCAGCAAGAGCAGAGCAGGCCGGGGCUCAGGGUUGGAAUAUCCAUCCCUUACUGUGGUAUGCAUAGUUCAGUACAUUGCGCAAGUAGGCCUACGGCAAGUAUUUAUUCUAGUCAAAUAUGCUGCAAAAUACUAAACCCUCCCCUUGACUGAAAUUGAAAAAGCACGACCCUCUCCCAUUCCUAGUCUUGUAAAAUCCAUGAAUUAGGGCCUAAUGAAUUUAUUUCAAUUGACUGAUUUCGUUAAAUAAACCUUAACGCAGUAACAUCUUGAUAUUUGUGCAUGUGGGGUUUAUAGUUCAGUGUAUUAUUAUUAUUAUUAUUAAUGUAAUCUUUAUUUAAUUAGGCAAGUAAGUUCUGAAAUUCUUAUUUACAAUGACGCCCUACACCGGCUAAACCCAGACGACGCCGGGCCAAUUGUGCCCUGCCCUGUUGGACUCCCAAUCACAGCCGGCUGUGACACAGUCUGGAAUCAAACCAGGGUGUCGGUAGUGACGCCUCAAGCACUGAGAUGCAGAGCCUUAGACCGCUGCGCAACUCAUGAACCCUAUUAUAAACAAAUGUUUUGUGUGUGUGCGUCGUGAGAAAUUCUUUGGAAAGAAAUUGCGUCCCCCAAAUUGGAAUACCACUGCUGUUGAGAGAGGUCUUGCGAUUUGAACACAAGCUUGACCCUGAUCAACACGACCUAUCAGCUGCAAGGUUAUAACAAAAAAAGCAGGUGACAGACAUUGUAAUCAACCAAUGACAGGAACGGCUUGGGUUUUAUAACGAGCAGCCAAUCAGAUUUGAUAGGUGUCUACUAAAGCGGAUUUAGUCAGAUAGCGAGAGGCCCGAUUCGCCCGAUAAGUAUACCAAGUGCCCCCCACGCCCCUUUUUUUUUUUUUUUUCCCCCCCUCUGGAGGACUAUGAGAAGUGUCGAAUUUGGUCAACUAAACAUGGAAUUGAAUUCGAUACUAUAAGUCGUGGGGGCGAAGUUCUGCGUUCUGAGAGGGUGCUGAUGAAGUUGUAGUUUUUGCUGAGAGCACCCAAGACACCAGCCCGCACACACUGGCCCUGCGCUCAGUGUCAGAACUGACUGACAGACAGACGAUCGCCCUGCACACAGACGCUAUGGAUCUCCCCUCCUCCACCAGUCUGUCCCCCACCACCAGCAGCCUGAUGGCCAGCAACGUGACCAACAAGACGGACCCGCGCUCGCUGAACUCGCGGGUCUUUAUCGGGAACCUCAACACGCUCCUGGUCACCAAGGCAGACGUGGAGGCAAUCUUCAGCAAGUACGGCAAGAUCGUGGGCUGUUCUGUGCACAAGGGCUUUGCCUUCGUACAGUUCGCCAACGAGAGAUGUGCCCGGGCCGCUGUAGGGGCCGAGGAUGGACGCAUGAUCGUGGGACAGGUGCUGGACAUUAACUUGGCUGGAGAACCCAAACCCCACAGGUCAAAGACCGCAAAGCGCUUGGCGGGAGAAAUGUACAGGUCUGAUUCAAUUAGUCCCACGUUUGAUCUGGACUAUGACUUCCAGAGAGAUUACUAUGACCGAGUGUACUCGUACCCAUCCCGUGUGCCCCCUCCUCCUCCACCCUUGUCCCGAGCUGUGAUCCCAUCCAAGCGCCUGCGGAUCAGCAUGACUGGAGGGGGCAGCCGCCGCAGCAAGGCCAGUUUCUCCUCUUCCUCCAAGAGCAGCCAGAGGGCAUCCUCAAGAACAAUGAAAACAGAUGACCUGCAGACCAUCAAGAAGGAGCUGACAAUGAUUAAACACAAAGUAGACUACCUGCUGGAGAGCCUAGACCGCAUGGAGAAGGACCACAGCAAGAAGUCAGAUGAGAAGGGUGCAAAGCCUGAGCCUGGACAGGUGUCCUCACAGCAGCACUGCAGCAUCAAGAAGGAGGAGAGCAUCAAGAGGGAGAGGGAGGAUCUCAACGACUCUGAGGAGGAGGGGGAUCUGCUGGAAGAGGAGGAGGUGAAGAGUCAACAAAGGGAGGAGGAUGAUGAAGAGGAGGAGGAGGAGGAGGAGGAAGGAGAGCAUGUGGAUGGAGACGACGAUGGUGACAGUGUCAACGGAGAUGAGGACUCUUAGACCACACGCAGACUGAUGCACACUUGUACAGACAACGCAUCCACAUGGCUUCCAGUGGCUCCUCCGACUCCUAUUUUAAUACCCACACUACUCCGAAACGUGAGAAAACGUCAAUGCACACACUCAGAGAACACCUGCCCCGACUACCACCCUUCCAACGUCCCACAGGUCUUUUUUAUUUUUCUUGAUGCAAUUUAGUUUAUCCCUGUUUCAUCUCACUCCUAUCAUUGUGUUAUUCAUUUAGCAUGGUCUUGCAGCCAGGUACAUUGAAACGAGAUGUAGAUAGCGAGCGUUAUGAAGUGAUUUGUUGUGCUGCUGUUGCUCUUUUGACCAGCAGAGAGCAGAAAUGGCUGUUCUCUGACCUGAGCCACAAGUCAAACCACCACAUUGGCUUUACUAGCAUUGGUAAUCAAUCAAUGACAACAACUAAAGAUUGAGUGAACGUUUGAAGAAAAAAAAAUGUCCACUUGAGUUUGUAUGUUCCUGAUUUUCAUGUCAUUACUCUUUUAUACUACACGGUCUAAGUUGUACUGUAAUAAUAUAUUGCAAUUAAAUACUCAAAUUAA